AUGCAGGCCCUAGGCUCGAGGACCUUCAAUGGCACUAGGCCCUUCCAGAGCAGCGCGGUGGCGCCUCGCGUGCAGCGGGCAGCGACCGUGAUGGUGGAGGCUCGUGUGGCCAUCCGCUUCCAGCGGUUUGGCCGCAAGAAGUCGCCCUUCUACCGCCUGGUUGCCAUUGACAGCCGCACGCGCCGCGACGGCCGCCCCCUGGAGUACCUCGGCUGGUACGACCCCCUGAAGAAGGAGACCAACCUGAACGCGCCCGCGAUCAAGCAGUGGCUCUCCACCGGCGCGCAGCCCAGCGACACGGUGCGCAACCUGCUGAAGAAGGCUUACGUCAUCCAGCCCGACAACGUCAAGAUCGUCAUGCCCAAGGUGGAGCUCUGA